AAUGACCAUGAAUUAAAAAAGAUAAAUUAUGAAAAGAUUAAAUAUGAAAGUGAUUUUUGUUUUAUAUAUUUCAGAUCUACAGGCCUGAUAUAGGUUUGUUGAUUACAGGUCUGGCUAAUCCUCUCUUGAAUAUUUCCUUGAUGAAGCAAAACAAUUAAUUUUAUCUUGUUUUGAUCUUGUGUUCCCUUAAAUUAUGCGAAAAUAUCUAUCUUCAUCCAUCUUCGCACACUCAUGUUUAAAGCUUUACCAAAUUAUGAUCUCCAUCAUAAAAUUGGUAUCCAGAACGUAUAACGUGCUCUCCCGGAUCUUGAUAACCGAUCACGAAAAUUCACCCAUUCAUUUCGUGUUUUUCAAAUCGAAUACUGCUAGAUUAAUUCUAUUAACACCGGUGUACCUUUUGUUGAUUUGGUACAACUACUUAUACAUAUUCGAGAUCAGAAGGGAUUCUCAUAUAUAUCUUUCGGAUUCUUUUUCUUCUUGGAAUUUCAUUUCACGCGUACCAUUUAACAUGUCCUCCACAUUUCUCAAGCUCUACACCUUUGACCCAUCCAAGGCGUUAUACAAAAUUUCAGAUAAAAAAUAUUUAUACCCAAAAGCUGAAAAGGACAUAUUUUAUCCCAGUGACGAAGUGUCGUCAGAUAACAAAGAUAUUUUGUUGAUUUUAGACUCCAAAUUAGGAGUUAUCGAAACUAGUAUGAUGGAGAGAGUUUUGCGGAAUCCUAUUAUCGAUUCGAUGAGAUUGAGUAGGUAUUCCUAUGAUGUUCAUUAUUAUUUAUAUCCUGCCACCUUAUAUCAAACGUUAUACCAAAAUUUGUACACAAAUAUUAUGGGAGAAAACGCGACGGAUGCAGAAACAAUAUACAAAGCUCUAAUAUUCGAGAGUUUUGACCUGUACUUGAACUUUAUAUCUUUUAAUCACUACAAGCAUAUAUUGGACUCAUACAUUUUGAAAUAUGGCGCGGGAAUAGUUGUUUUUGCCAAUUUUGUGACAUCUUCAUUCAAUCUAAAGAAGGGGAUAUAUCCUUUACAACUAAUAAACGCCUCUCACUGCAACGAUUUAUUUGUUGUUAAACGAAACCUUUCCCCUUCCGCUCAUAAUUAUAUUACUCGAAUUGUUCGGGACAAUCAUUAUCUGAUCAAAGGCCCGCUUGAAGCAACUCAUCGAUCCCCGGUCGAUGUAUAUGGAUUCCACUCUGAUUCUCCUGAAGCCCACAAAAAUUUAACUUUUAAGGUUAUAACGUAUAGUUGCGAACAUCCACACGGAAAUGUGGAUGAAAAAAAGCCAAAUUUAGAGCUAUGCAGUAAAAUAUUACCCACUGUUUUAAUUGCUGAAGAGAUCGUGGAAAAUGGGAAUGAAGAAGACCGAGAUAUAAAUAAAGAUAGCACGACAAGGACGAUUUUUAUAGGUGGUUCACUCCAUUUUUGGCCAUUUAAAUUAAUUUUGGCCGACGUUUUACAUUAUUUUAUCAAAAACCAAAAUCCAAAUCUCAAAGCUAACGAAUCAAAAUCCGGUUCAUUGGAUCGAUAUGUUUUAAUCGACAUAGAUGAUGUUUUAGUUGGCGAAGUCAACCCAUCUAUCGAUGACAUCAAAUCUUUAAUCGAUUCUCAAAACGACUUAAGGCUUCUGGUAAAAAAUUUCACAUACAAUUUGGGAUUUUCCGGCAUGUAUAACAAUUUAUACUCUACGAUUCUUCGAAGGGGCUACCACUAUCUGAUAAAAAAUAAUCAUAAUUUUUGGUGGUUUUUACAUUCCUGGGACCAUAAAAAUACAUUCUUGCAAAAUCUAACUACAAUUAAUAGCGAAAUUAAGUUGAAUUUUGACUUCGCUAAACGUUACAAUUUAGAUAUAUCGGCAUGCUACAGCAUUAGUCCAGCACAUUCAGGCAUUUAUCCUAUAGCCGAUAUUCUUUAUGAAACAUGGCAAAAUUAUGGCAUACAUGUUAGCAGCACUUACUAUUAUCCCAACAUGUAUCCCUCUUCAUUGAGGAGAGCGUUUAUUUACAAAAAUAUCACGGUAUUACCUCGAAAAACUUGCGGCAUAUACACUCACACCCUCACCUUUGCCAAUUACACUGGAGGCAUCAAAGGGUUAAAUGAUAUGAUAAAGGGUGGGAAUGUUUUCGAUCAGCUCUUAUACGAUAAAUUUAACUUGUUCAUGACACACAUCCCCAACUACUCAUACGAUCGAUUGGCUAUAUACAUUUUUAAAGGCGCUUUCGAAUUCAUCACUAACCAUACUAAUUUGCGUUUUUCAUCUGUCAAACCGGAUGAGUUGGCUAGACUUUAUAUGUCCUUUCGACCGCAAGAGGAUAAAAAUAUUGUGUAUAAGAAUCCUUGUUUUAAUCGAUUAAUGUUUGCUAUGUGGAAUCGGAACUAUGAAUGCUAUAAAUUCCCGAAGUUACUUAUUGUGGGACCACAAAAAUCGGGAACCACUGCUCUGCUAUCGUUUUUAUUACUUCACCCGUUAAUUAGAACCAACGUACCUACAAAAAAUUUCGAAGAAACGCAAUUCUUUAGCAGUAGAAAAAUUUACGAAAAUUUUGGGAUCAAUUGGUAUAUGGAUUUAUUCCGACUUGAGCUUAACUUUCCCUACCAAAAAAUUAGGGCGGAUUCGAUUAUCUUUGUUGACAAGUCUGCCAAUUAUUUUGAUUCAAAAAGGGCUCCUCUUAAGGCUUACAAUUUACUUCCAACUGCAAAAAUCAUAGUUAUUCUCAUCGAUCCUAUAUACAGAGCCUAUUCUUGGUACCAGCACGCCAAGAGGCAUUCUCAUGCCAUAGCCCUAAAUUAUACGUUCCACCAAGUAGUAACGUUUGAUUCGAAACUUACCCAUGUAUCACAAGCCUUAGCCAAUUCCAUUGCUGAUCUUAGAGACAGAUGUCUUAAUCCUGGCAAAUAUUAUUUGCAUUUAAUAAACUGGCUCAGAUAUUAUUCUUCCAGACAAAUAUUUAUUGUGGAUGGAGUAUCUUUCAAAAUUAAUCCUAUUCCAUCAUUAAAUGGCAUUCAAGAAUUUUUGAAUCUAUCAAUGGAUGAAUUCAGAUUUCACUAUCACGUCCGAUUUAAACCUUCGAAGAAAAUGUUUUGCCCAGUCGUUGAUGGGAUAGAUAGAUGUUUGGGCAAAAAUAAAGGUGCACAUUAUCCAGAGAUGGAUCAUCAAUCUAAGCAAUAUUUGCAAAUUUUUUACAAUCAAAGCAAUGGUAUGUUAUACAAGUUGCUCAAAAGUAGUAAUCUAUCGAUUCCAGUUUGGCUUGAUGGUUAAGAACUUUGAUAAAAUAAAUUUACAGAUCAGUAAUAAUAUCUAUAUCUUAUUUGAUCAAAUUCGAAUUUUUUAAAUAUUUCGUGUAUCAAAUUUUGUUUAAAUAUAACAAAUUGAAUUGUGACUUUUUAUAACCUAGUAGUAACUUCAUAAUAUAU